GAUUAUAUUUAAAGUAUAUUUGCUCUCUUUAUUUAGUUUUAGUUUUAAAAUACAUUUUUAUUUUGUAUAAGACUUAAUUUUAAUAAUGCAAAAGUAGAAAGUGAUUGAUUUGACUGUUGUGUUGAAACAAAUUUGAAACGUUCUAGUGUGAAGUGUAGCUGGCUCGAUAUAACUGUCAGUCUGGGUGUAGAAAUUUAUUUGUAAUUUUCACCGGUUCUGUUCAAUAACCGAAUGAAUUAGACAAUAUUAGAACAAACGUUUAUUAUUAAAAUAUAAUGUUAAUUAGUGUUUAUGGUGUAUAAAUCAGUGCUAAAAUGGAUGACGACACUAUUAAAAUCCAAUCUGGGAUUAACAUCAACAUCAAGAGAACAGAUGGCCGCAUUCACUCAGCGAUCGUCUCCGGGCUUAACUUGGAGGCGAGGUCGGUGACAGUGGAAUGGUACGAGAAAGGCGAAACCAAGGGCAAGGAAGUGGAGAUUGACGCGAUCCUUGCCCUCAAUCCGGAAUUGUCAGUUGGUACCAGAAACACUUCGCAUUUGCAGCCAGCGCCUAAUAAAUUGACUCGGGACAUGACGCGUCAAUCCAUCCCAGUGGCUACGAAGGCGCCAGCACGGGUGACUCGUAACAAUCAGGCACGUGUGUCCAACGUAGGUGCUUACACCAAUGGGCACGGAGGUGACACGACCGGACGCAGAGGGGCAGAAAAUGUCCCGCCCCCGGUACAGGCCACGGCUCCGCCGCCCAAUUCUAGAAUCACUCAGCAGAUGCCAAACUCGGGCGGUCGUACCCGCUCAGGUAGCACGCCGAGUGCCGCUUCAGUUAUCCAAAACCCUUACUCUAACAAACGGAUGCAUAACAAAGAGUUCAAUCCCCCGCCAGUAUCAUCAGCACGGCCUGCAGCAGUCUCCAGUAAUGUCUAUAUACCACACCAGGUGGCGUCUGGGGCCGUGAGACGCUCCAACGUGGUAAAGGAAGUGGAGAGGCUUAAGGAGAAUCGCGAGAAACGACGGCAGAGACAGGCUGAGCUCAAGGAGGAGAAGGAAGCCCUUAUGAAUAUGGAUCCAGGUAAUCCAAACUGGGAGUUCCUAGCAAUGAUUCGCGAAUACCAGAGUAGCAUUGAGUUUCGGCCGUUGUUAGGCAACGAGCCGGUUGAAGACCAUCAAAUCACAGUAUGCGUUAGGAAGAGGCCGCUCAACAAAAAGGAAGUUGGUAAGAAAGAGGUGGACGUAAUAAGUGUACCGACGAAGGAUCAAAUGAUAGUACACGAGCCGAAGAACAAAGUGGAUCUCACGAAAUACCUCGAGAACCAGAAGUUCCGCUUCGAUUAUGCGUUCGAUGAUUCUUGUACUAACGAAGUUGUUUAUAAAUAUACAGCAAAACCUCUAGUUCAGACAAUAUUUGAAGGCGGUAUGGCUACGUGCUUCGCGUACGGACAGACAGGAUCAGGAAAGACUCACACGAUGGGGGGAGAUUUUCAAGGCAAGCAGCAAGACUGCAAGAAGGGGAUAUACGCGAUGGCGGCGCGUGAUGUGUUCACAUACCUCAAGUCUCCUAAGUACAAGCCGCUUAACCUCAUCGUCUCCGCUUCCUUCUUCGAGAUAUACUCCGGAAAAGUAUUCGACCUACUAGCGGACAAGGCGAAGUUACGAGUGCUAGAGGACGGCAAGCAGCAAGUGCAGAUAGUGGGUUUGACUGAGAAAGUUGUAGAUAAUGUUGAUGAAGUUCUCAAGCUUAUACAACACGGAAACUCUGCUAGGACUUCGGGACAGACAUCAGCCAAUUCAAACUCUUCCCGGUCGCACGCGGUGUUCCAAAUAAUAGUUCGGUCUCCGGGAAUGCAUCGUGUGCACGGAAAAUUCUCUCUCAUCGAUCUCGCGGGUAACGAAAGGGGCGCCGACACAUCCUCCGCCAAUAGGCAGACACGUAUGGAAAGUGCCGAGAUCAACAAAUCUCUUCUAGCAUUAAAGGAGUGUAUUCGCGCUCUCGGAAUGAAAGGGAAUAACCAUUUACCGUUCAGAGUCUCCAAACUAACACAGGUGCUCCGUGACAGUUUCAUUGGCGACAAAUCUCGCACUUGUAUGAUUGCUAUGAUCUCACCCGCCAUGUCGUCCUGUGAACACUCGCUCAAUACGCUGCGAUAUGCUGACAGAGUGAAAGAGCUAGGAACAUCUGAAGGCCCGAGGCGCGGCGAGUCUCCUCUUGCGGAUGUUGAGAUGGAGCCCGAACACGACGACCUCGCGCAUCUGCGGUCUCUUAAUAAUAAUUGUUAUCUAGUGUACCCUCAGGAAGGCGACAUGUCAGCUGAGAUGUACAACUUCCACGAAGCGAUAGACGAGCUUCAGCGUGCUGAGGAAGAAGUUUUGGACAAUCACAAGGCAAUCUCUGACUAUAUGCAGCAUACUCUGCAAAGAUGCAAUCAGCUGCUCGGUAUCACUAGAGACGUGGACUACGAUCAGGAUGGAACGUACAUGUAUGCUCGGAAGCGUAUACGUGCCGUCAGCUAUGGUCUUGGCACUGCACGAUCGCGGCAUUUGCUAGCAUAUGCGACGCAGUGGGAGGAGCUUUUGAAUGAGCAAUUGGCCGUGUUGGCUCAAUCUCGUGACUUGGUCGCCGAAUUUCGCACCAAAAUGCAACAGGAGGAACACAUAUCGCGACACAUUCAGCCCCCGCGCCAUCAGUAGAUAUGGAAUUUAAUUUGCAGUUUUCGAGUCUUCGCUGGCAACAUUGUUAACUGUCAAACGACGUAGCCGUCAUUCGGUUUGUGUUAUGAGCUCUCCGUCAAAAUAGUUCUUUAGUAUUUGUAGUUAGAAAUAUAGUUUUCUGAGUUCGAUGCAACGGUUCGAUUUGUUACAAUUCUCAUUUUAUUAGUGUAUUACUCAUUUGUAUGUUUCUUUCAAAGCUUUUCAAUAAACACUUGUUUCUUUUAUUUUACAACAUAUGUAGUAAAGUUCCUAUGUAUAUAAGCACUAUGUAUGCAUUUGUCCAGAUUAUUCCUUUUAAGAGAACUAUAAACCAGAGCCGGGUUUGACAUUUGACUGUGUUGCCAUGUAUGACGGCCUCACGACACAUCGUAUUUGGUCAACUGUGACAUAAACGACGGCUUUAACACAGUAAAUCUUUUUGCCGAAACAAUGAAUGUGUAGCUGGCCUACUUAUGUUCGCAAUUCUAAUACAACAAUUUAACUCAUCUAACCAUUACGUCAAUCGAGAUACCGUCGUAUUAUUAAUAUAUUAUUAGAGACUGUUUAUUUUAAGAUGUGUUUUAAGCACGAGCGAGGCCCGCGUCACAACUUUGGGCGUUAAACUUUUGAUGAAUUUUGUAACUAAUAGACAACUAUAGUCUUAACGAUUUUUAUUGAAAUAAAAAUGUUUUAAAAUGAU